UCCCGACAGGCUCCGCGCGCUUUACGCGCCAGCUUUGGCCUUAGCCAGCUAGCGGCGGAAUCGCGGCGGAGAAUGGAAAGCAGCGACGAGGUGGCGGUCGAGAAGUGCCGCGUCCACUUGCGCCCAGGCACGCUGCGCGACGCCGCCUGCGCCACGCUGCAUCUUCUGCCCUGCGAGGUUCAGGUUAACGGGCCCGCCCCGGUGGAGCGCUUCUUCACCCCAGCCAUCCGCCAGGGUCCGGAGGGACUCGAAGUGUCGUUUCGGGGCCGCAGACUACGAGGCGAGGAGGUGGUGCUGCCGCCCGGCGUCGUGGGAUACGUCACGGUGAUGGAAGAAAAGGGAGAGGUGCCGGUAGGGAAGGAUUUCUCGGAAGGUUCGUCGAAUGAAGAUGAGCGAGAGGAGCAGGAGCCGGCGGAGCCCCCCGAGGCGCUGGAGCGGGACUUUGACCAGUUUAUCGGAGCUGCUGCCAGUUUCAGCCGCUUCACACUGUGGGGCCUGGAGACCAUUCCUGGUCCGGAUGCCAAAGUGCGCGGGGCGCUAACCUGGCCCAGCCUCGCUGCAGCGAUUCACGCACAGGUGCCUGAGGACUGAAAACCUGAACUUGACAUUGAAAGUCACCAGUCCCCCCACCCCAAUAAGCCAGCUCUUCAUUUUGGAACCGCGGAUUCCAUCACCGCCAAUAAACAAGCUCUUCACAGCA